UAGGAAACGUCAUUUAUAAACGUCAAACGGACUUUUACCGAAACGAAAUCUUGCCACUGUCAAAAUAUGACUCAUUCUUGAACUAUCUUCUUCUAGAGAUGGCAGAGCCCCGGUGUGAGGAUGAAGGUAUCUUAAGGGAGUGGGCCCCUCUAAGCCGGCUUCUACGGGAAGUACCACUGACUGUACGCCGAGGACUGUAUUUUGAAAAUGUCAGCUUAACAUGUGUUGAUGCAUUACCGGAGUAUUUGGCAGUUGGAACAAAUAUAGGUGUCGUAUAUUGGUACAACCGCGAGAACCAUAAUCUGCAAAGAUUGAGACCUGAGAAAAACACAUUCAAAAUAACAUGUGUGAAACUGGUGUCGUCCGUGGAUUACAUGGUGGCUGCGGGUGAUGAGAGCGGAACCGUCACAGUGUUUAGGAUUCCAAAACCUACACCUGAAUGGAUCAAAUCCAUUUACAAACAAACCACCGCCUCUACGAAUGUGGAGAGAUACACAGUCGGAGGCUUACACUCUACUCCAGUGACAGCGCUAGAGUGGAGCACCAACGGACAGAAACUGUUUAGCGGUGACGCCACUGGCCUAGUAGUACUUACAGAGAUUGACUUCUACAUGAACCUGAGCAAGGCGUGCGAGAUCCUGAAUGAGAAGUACAGAGUGGUACAGCUGAGCUACAAUCAGCAAUGCCAGGUGUUGGUGGUAGCCACUGAGUACCGCUGUAUAUCAGCACAUAGACCAGACAGUGGCUCUUGGAAGGUGGCUCAGGUCGGCCAGCAGGAGAGACGCAGCCUUUGUAGAGUUGGAGCAACGUUUUUCGUACAGCCUCAGAAACCCCUAGAGCGAACGAUAUACUCAGGAAGAGCUGGUCUACGCUUCUGGCAGUCAGAUAGUAGCGGCACUGUGCACAAAACUUUGAUCUUCAAGGACGCAAUAAAGAAGCCGCACCAGCUGAUCCGCCUGCUACACCCCCCUCCUGUGAGGGAAGGGGUGGGGGGCUGGGAGGGAGAGCUUGGCGUAGUAAUGCCGUGGAAGGGACUGUACCUAGUAUCUCACAACACUACAGGUCUAGUGGUGUUGGACCCCCAGCGUAUAUCAGUAGUAGCUUGUGUCUAUGGGUUGACGGACGUCCACUCUAUGGCUGUGACCGCCUCGGAGAUAUUCAUUAUUGCCGGCUCACGCAACAUCAUGAGGCUCUCUUAUCUGCCUGAUGUAUAUGGAGGAAGCCAAGAAGAACCUGUAACCUCGCUGUUUGACGAACUGAAAGUGUCUCCUGUUACCGAAACAUUGUUGGAUUUGACAUCUAGACUGAAACAAACGGCAAACGAUUUAGUGAGCAAAAGACCAGUCACUACUGUAAGUGGGACACUCCUAGAGGAGGAUGAGGAAGGUACAGAUGCGCUAGACUCCUUGGACCUCCCACCAGUCCUACCCGUGGAGGGUGAUGUCCUGGAGCUCACCUUACAGAAGGACCCAAGGACACUGAAACUGGACGAGAUCGGGAAACAAUCAUUUGACGACGUUCUCUACUCCUCAACUCGCAAGGUCAAAACCAAAAACUCAAAACAAAGUAAAGUCGUAAAAGCUUCAAACAGUAACGUUGCAGCACCAGACACUUGUUCCGACACAGCCAGUGUUGCGAGUGUCAGAUCGGGGGAAUCGGAGGAAAGCGAGUCCAACAACAACAACAACAAUGUCGGGGAACAGCCCCGUUUGUCGUUGGAUCUGGUGUCAAGUUCAACUCGCCUCUCAGCCGCCAUCCCUCCCGACAUUCUGCCUGAUCUUAGGAGUCCGGAUUCUAUCAUGAAGGACGUCCACGACAAAGAAAUCCUUGUUGCCAAAGCAUUUAAUUUAGAAGAAGUCCUAUUGGCUGCUGAAAAACACUUUGAAAAAGAAGAGAACAACGAGACUGAGGGUAUCAACAAAGACUGUCUGCCGGAGCUGUUGUCUGGAGUAAAACACAUAGAGGAGACUCUGAACUACGGCCCUCCCUCUGGCAGCAGUAGUGCCAUACCUUCCCUAGAGGCUGGCAAUAACACAGUGCCACAGUAUACGGUGCUCAGACAAGACAGCAUAGACCACCCUCUGGCUGACGACGUGUGCGGCACUGUCACCAGCGACGACACAUUGACAUUGGAUUGUAACGAUGGCUGGUGUCAGGUGACCACUCCUGAGGUAGCUCAAUAUGUGAGUGUGUGUAGAGACUACGUAGUGAUGAGUGGGCCGAGCAGGACACUACACUCCACUACUGUACCACCCUCCUCCCCUGCCCGCUGGUCUAGGCUUGGUUACCGAGCCAUGGACGUACUGCUUUCACCAGAAGGGCAGCUUGUGUGGAAGCUAGACUUUGAUGUUGCAGCUGCUCUACUAGAUUCUGAUAAUAAUGGUACAGCUGGUGGUAACUGGGAGAUUGCAGCCAGGGGGGUGGAGAGUGUAGCACUAGGCAGUGACGUCGCCUGGUACGUGUCUAGUGGACGAGUCUACCUUCAGACAGAGCUUAGCAGUGUUACACCAUACCGAGACGGAAGUCUAGUCCCUUGUCCAUCACUAGUCACCAGUAUAUGCUGCUCUAAAGAGAUGGUCUGGGUGUUGACCGCUGAUCACUGGGUGUUGUGGCGUGCGGGUGUGACUCCCGACUGUCCCGAGGGGUCUCAUUGGCAGAGAGUGGACACACCCGGACACGUUCAAGUGGCAGAUAUAGCGCUGGGACCCUACAACCUCGGCUGGCUGGUGGACCGUAGCAACUCUGUCUACUACAGUGACAACUACACGGAGGACAAAUGUGUCUGGUGGCAGGUCCUCAUAAGGAAUUACAUGUUUGAGAACAGUUCCCUGUGUCAGAUCAGUAGCAAUAAUAACUCUGUUUGGAUCACAAACAGAAUGUCUCCUUAUGUCUACGUCAACUCAACAGCCAUCAAAGGCCACCGAUGGACAGAAGUUUCUAUAAGGAACAUGACAGCCCCACUGAGAUGGAGGCAAAUCACAGCUGAAGGAGUGUUUGAGGAGAAGGGAUCUCUGUGGUUGCUGUCUACAGGCAAUGAACUCUUCCAUUUGAGGCCCAACUCUGAAAACCUUAAUGUGGUGAAUGUUCCAUGUAGCCCAGAUGAAGUGAUGGCAGUGACAGCAGCUCCUCAUGCUCUCUGGCUGCUGACAGACGGAGGUCAGAUCUACGUCAGGCAGGGGAUGGGAGACCAGAAUCCACAGGGAGACCAGUGGCGUGCUCUCAACAUCGAACAGAUUA